AAAUAUGAAAUUUAAUCUCACAUCACAUUAUUUAACCAAACGCACCUUAAUACAAGUACGAUUACAAAAUUACGAAGACACCCUGGCGUACGACUGCUGUUAUGAUAAACGCCCGGAGUCCUGGAUUAACUUGUCCUUUCCUCCAAUAAUAUAUGUGCAAACCGCUGCUAAUUCGCCAAUUCUCCGGCGAAUUAUCGCCGAGAAAUGGACGAAUCAUGGCGAAUGAGAAUGGGAUUGCCAACCAUACCAGGGCGGCGAUCGACUGUGCAGACCUCCUCGGACCAAACUCACAACCUUUCUGCGGGCGACGUUCAGAUCCUCGAAACCGACGACUUCUCCGACGUAUUCGGCGGGCCACCUCGUAGUGUACUGUCACGGCAACUUUUCAUGGACACAGCUCGAAGCAGGUCAACAUCGUUUUACGACGAGAUUUUCCGGCCGCCGGUAAAUGUUUCCCCGGCGAGUACUGGCCUGUGCUUGCCCUCGUUCAGGAUUCCGGCCAGCCGGGGGCGGAGCUCGGAGUUUUAUAGCGACAUAUUUGGAUCGGACGAUGGUCGAAGGUCAAGGUCGAGAUCGAAAGGGAAUUCGAAGUCAACGAACUCGUCAUCGGUGCUGAGCUCGGAGGAGCUGAGUCCUCACCGGCCGAUGACCGGUGAUGACAUGGCUUUCUCUUCCUACACUUCUAAGCUGAGGCCUAUCAAUGUUCCAUGCACAUGGAGCUCAUCCACAAUGAUGCUGGAGGAGCAUCCAAAGAAACAGGGGAAACCAGCUUUUAGUAGCAGGUGUCCUUCCUAUAAGGAGGAUUAUUUUGUUGAAAAUGAAUAUAAAGAGCAUUUUGAGAGUUCCCAUUUUGGAUUCUCACGACAAGUGCCAUCCCCAGAGACCAUUAGCCUUGAACCCAAUUCACAUGGAAGCAUCAAAGUGUCUGCGGAUGACCUAGAACUUAAUUCCCCCGCAUCUGUAGUCUCUUCCCUCUGUCAAGACACAGAACCCAAAGCCAGGGUUCAAGACAGUGUGUGGCAGGAGCAAGAAAUGGAAGAAGAAGAAGAUGAAGUCAUGAGCUCUUAUGUUAUUGAGAUAACAUCCAGCCACAGGGAAGGACCUAGUGAAGUUGAUGCCAUUGAUGAAGCCAUUGCAUGGGCAAAAGAGAAGUUUCUGACACAAAGUCCAGAGAACGAAUGGAACAUGAGAUGGCGAGAAAAUAAGCAUUUUUCUGAGACAAAGGAGAGGCCUCACGCACCUGAAUUUUUCAGUGGGCAUGGAUCGAUGCGAUCUCUAGGGAAAAAAGAGCCAGAAAACUGGAUGACAGAAGAAGGAAAACAACAAUCAGAAAAAGUUUUGCAGAAAGAAUUGGAACUAUUGGAUGAAGAUAUAAGAUUGUGGUCUACUGGCAAGGAAAUGGACAUCCGAUUGCUCCUCUCAACACUACAUCAUAUUCUGUGGCCUAGUAGUGGCUGGUACCCAGUGCCUUUUACAAACCUUGUAGAAAACUCGCAUGUGAAAAAGGCCUAUCAGAGAGCACGACUUUGUCUCCACCCAGACAAACUGCAACAAAGGGGUGCAACACAACCACAAAAAUACAUUGCAGAGAAGGCAUUUUCCAUCCUUCAGGAUGCUUGGGCUGCAUUAAUCACUCAGGAUUCCUUCUCUAGCUAGUGGAGGAAUUAGGGUCUGUGUGAAUUGUGACUCCGUUUCAGCUUGAAAAGCAACCAAGUUUAAAGAUUGGAGGUACUGCACAAAACAGGAAAAAUAUCUAUAAAUCCAUCUUCGGUGCAUUUCGUUUGAAAUCGCAUCAAAUAUUGCAAUCAUGUAUAAUAAUACUUAACAAUAUGCAAGCUUUCUACAUCGCCUUCCUUUUGGACAAUCCUAACUGUAAUCGAACAGUAAUGAUGGGCAUGAGGAUCAUGAAAAUGAUGGUGAAGAAGCUGCCUACAGUUGUUUUUGACUUGCACAAAUGGUGUUACUCAAAUGAAUGAGCAGUAGAUUUUCCAAAGAUUGUACUUUUCUUCCUUCCUGUGUUUUAAAUUCCCAUUUGUCACCUUUUGUACACUUGAAGGGCUUGGAUGUGCUGUCUUUCCCACCCUGCAGUUCCUCGGAACAUUUGUAGACCCUAAGUUAUUUUUCAUUGUUUUUGUUGUAUAAUUUUCCUUUGUUUCUGCUAUUGAGAAACUUCACUGUUUUUCUUUUA